CGAGGACAACGGGACGCUUGCCGCGACUUGAACCUGCGUGACUGCCCAUGGCGGGCCUCAUCUCUCCCAAACCUCUCUCGUACAUGCAACACAUGCAGUACAAUCCCUAUGGCCGCGGCAUCGCUGGCUACGGCGAUUCCCCCGCCAACGGCCUCCCCCCGCUCUCGCACUCGACGCCUCAGAACAUGGUCCCCGGCUUCAAUGGUCCUUCGCCCGGCAUUAUGGGCGUGCACGAGGAGACGAAGAUCUACGGGAUGGUUAUUGAUUUGCUCGACGCGAACGCUCGCGAGACUGCGCUGCUCGAACUCAGCAAGAAGCGGGAGCAGUACGACGACCUCGCCUUGGUCCUUUGGCACUCCUUUGGUAUCAUGCCAGCCCUCCUUCAAGAAAUCGUUUCUGUCUAUCCCUUACUCUACCCGCCUAAUCUCACCGCACAUGUAUCCAACCGGGUCUGCAACGCGCUCGCCCUCCUGCAGUGUGUGGCUUCGCACGCCGAGACUCGUCAGCUUUUCUUGAAUGCCCAUAUCCCUCUCUUUCUGUAUCCAUUUCUGAACACAAUCUCGAAGACGCGCCCUUUUGAGUACCUGCGUCUCACGUCGCUUGGCGUUAUCGGCGCGCUGGUCAAGCAAAACGAUAACAACACCGUCAUUCAUUUCCUCCUCUCCACCGAAAUCAUACCCCUCUGCCUGCGCAUCAUGGAGACGGGCUCCGAGCUCUCCAAGACCGUCGCCAUCUUCAUCGUGCAGAAGAUCCUGCUCGAUGAGACGGGUCUGACGUACAUCUGCCACACCUACGAGCGUUUCUACGCUGUCGGGACGGUCCUGAGCAACAUGGUCAACCAACUCGUGGAGACGCAGGCCGUCCGACUGCUCAAACAUGUCGUGCGUUGCUACCUGCGGUUGAGCGACAAUCUGAGGGCAAGAGAGGCGUUGAGGGCGUGUCUGCCGGAGCCGCUGCGUGACAAUACGUUCGCUGCUCUCCUCAAGGGCGACAUGGUCACGAAGCGGUGCUUGACCACCCUCCUCAACAACUUGAACGAGUAACCGUGCCUCACCCAUACCAAAAGCGCAUCAAAACCCAAACUUCAUGUUUUGUUUUUCGAUUGGGUUUGGAGAAGUGAUUCCCAUGGACAGCGCAGCAGCGACGCAGUGAUCCCGCACCCGCUCGGACGGGGGGUGCUUGUAGCUCAAGUACUAUAUAUACCUUGCUUUGUUUCAGUAUACGCCUUCACAUGUAGAGUUGCUAGCUCAUGACCAUCACGGACAGUCUUGUCGGAACGCAGCGCGCCUUAGCUAAAUGUGACUAGUACAGUAUAUUGUCCGGAAUAUAAACUGCAUGGCAACUAUGUA